CUCAGACAGAAGUGAAGCUGAAUGCUGCUAUUGUGCUAACAAUAAUCUAAAUUUCAACAAGGAAAACGGAUAAGAUCCGCAAUGAGUUUCACUUUAAACUACCUGGUAGCAACAACAUUUGCAGUGUUGCUUUCCUCGGAAAUCGUCAUUACAUUCGGAUCACUAGAAUCCGAGUUUGACUGGAAACGAUUCGCACCUCCAUCCGGUGUUACAGACAAAAUGACACUUCCGUCUCCGAAAGACUUCAUUCAUCCACGGAACGAAACCAGCGAUGAUUUCGUUGAACGAGGUGAACGCCAUAAACGAGACAUUCGCAGUGACAUUUUAGAAAAUGAACUGCAAACGGUCGUACGGGCAUACAAUUCCGAAAUAACGUCACAAGCGAGAACUACCACGAAUUCCAUCCUUUCCCGGUCUCGAGAUGUGAAUGCACUUCGAAAUUUGCUGGCAUUCAGUUACAAUAAUCUGGCAACCAGCGGAUUGAACGAUCUCAGCAGUAUGGCUAGCAAGUUACCAGUCACCGUACAAAAUUGCUACAAUUCGUAUGGAUUCAAGUUUUCCGAUGCCAUUACCGCUGCCAGAGUGACGGCCGGUCAAUGCUUAGCGAACAAAAUUAAUGAAGUGAAAAGCAUUGUGGACGAUUUCAGAACUAGCAUCACCGAUGCCGUUGCCAACGUCAGAGAUGUUGGCGAACAAUUGGGCCAGUGUCGCAUCCUUGCCAAUCUCUAUCCUUCGAUUGCUGGACUAAUAGCUAAGGCAUCGUGUUUGAAUAUCGCAAUAUUUUCGUUACGCGGCGAAACGGUACUCCUUCCACUCAAAUUUGCAAUACUAAUGGGAAAAGCUUUUAAUUCGAUCGUGACGAUACAGUCGGACAUGACCCGAUGCGGUUUGGAUAUUCUAAACACAAUAUUGGAUCAAAGCAUUCAAUCCGGUAGAGCCAUCAACAAUUGCAUUAAUGAGCAAAAUGGAAAUGGUACACUGUACACCGGCUCGGAUAAUGUGAUAAAUACGACAGUGCCGGCAAAUUAAAAUUUUCAGAGGCUUUUGACAUAGUUUGUAAAUAUAUAAAAUGUCGAACGAACUAAAUGUUUGGGGCGCGGCAGGUCAACGACCAAUAUUAAACUAAUUUCAUCAAAAA